GAGUGUAAAUAGUUUAAAUAUCAAUUAGUAUACGGUUUAAACUUCCGAAUGAUUGUCUCUCCCACCUCGAUGCCACCUCAGCAAAUUCCAGUGCAAGUUCAACAUUCGUCCCGUUUGUCCCCUUUGCCCUCUAUUCGACAUUGUCACAUCUAUUCACACUUGAUGUCCAACUGAUAAACAAUUCGUGUACGUCCUGCAAUAAAACAAGUUUUUGGACAAUUUGUUGGCAUUUAGUCUACUGACGGUUUGGAAUCAAACGUCGAGUAAGCUUCAUCAAUCACAUCAAAAUUUUUAGUUAAGUGCCUGUAUUCACAUUUGAAGUAUUCCACUGAAGAAGAGUGCAACAUGCCUAUUAAAAACAUAUUUGCAAGGCAGAUCUUUGAUUCCCGAGGCAAUCCCACUGUUGAGGUUGAUCUCAUCACUGAUUUGGGAUUGUUCAGAGCUGCAGUUCCUUCUGGUGCCAGUACAGGUGUUUAUGAAGCUCUUGAAUUACGAGAUGGAGAUAAAGCUCACUACCACGGAAAAUCCGUGUUGAAAGCCAUUGCCAACGUGAACGACAUCAUUGCCCCCGAAUUGAUCAAAUCGAACCUUGAAGUAACGCAACAAUGCGAGAUCGACGAAUUAAUGUUGAAACUCGAUGGCACUGAGAAUAAAGCAACUCUGGGCGCAAACGCCAUUUUGGGAGUCUCCUUGGCUGUGUGCAAAGCAGGCGCAGCUAAACGCGGCCUGCCAUUGUACAAGCACAUUGCUUCACUGGCUGGUAAUGACGAGAUCAUCCUGCCAGUACCGGCGUUUAACGUUAUUAAUGGAGGAUCGCAUGCUGGUAACAAGUUGGCAAUGCAGGAGUUUAUGAUCCUGCCGACUGGCGCCAAGAGUUUCUGUGAAGCUAUGAAGAUGGGUAGUGAGGUUUAUCAUCAUUUGAAGGCAGUAAUCCAGAAGAAAUUCGGUCUGCAGUCGACUGCUGUUGGCGAUGAAGGUGGUUUUGCGCCUAAAAUCAAAGACGCCAAAAAUGCGCUCAAUUUAAUCACUGAGGCGAUCAAGAAAUCUGGUUAUGCAGGAAGAAUUUCCAUCGGUAUGGAUUGCGCUGCUUCUGAAUUCUACAAAAAGGGAAAAUACGAUUUGGACUUUAAGAGCGCCAAAUCCAAGGAAAAGUGGCUCGCUCCAUCUAAGCUGCGAGACACCUACAUUCAUUACAUCAAGUUCCCCGUCGUAUCCAUCGAAGAUCCCUUCGAUCAGGAUGAUUGGAACUCUUGGAUUGACCUAACUGCCAAGACGAAUAUCCAAAUCGUCGGUGAUGAUCUUACCGUCACCAACCCGGUGCGUAUCCAGAAAGCCGUUGAGAAACAGGCGUGUAAUACGCUAUUGCUGAAAGUCAACCAGAUUGGCUCAGUCACCGAGUCGAUCAAGGCUCACCAAACUGCUAAAGCCGCCGGAUGGGGCACGAUGGUGUCGCAUAGAUCUGGUGAAACUGAAGAUACAUUCAUUGCUGAUUUGGUGGUAGGUUUGUCCACCGGACAGAUUAAGACCGGCGCACCUUGCCGUUCUGAGCGCUUGGCUAAGUACAACCAGAUUCUGCGCAUCGAAGAGGAGCUCGGCGAUAAGGCGAAAUACGCCGGCGAGGCUUUCCGUAGACCAUCGUAGAGUUGAUAAUAACACUGCCUUGUAUCAUGUACAAUCCUAUAUCAGUUGAUUUAUUUGGAAUUUUAUUCAAUGCUUACAGCAUCUAGUGGCUAAUUACACUUUUAUAGUUUUCAAGAA